AAUAGUUAUUCAAAACAAACACUCACUGAAUCAGUACUCAUUUGAAUUCAAAUUCCGGAUAGCGGAUUGUACCCUUCUGCCUCCAUCUCUCUCCUCUUUCUCUCUGCGCUUAAAACCCUAGCCAUUUUUCGCAAUUCACACACGCGAGUUUUCUCCAAGAUCUAGUUGACUAAUUUCAGUAACAAAACACCGGGCAAAGAUCAUGACGGCGGCGCCACAAUCGACCGGACGGGAGCUGACAAGCCCUCCAACCGACGGCAUAUCAAAUAUCCGUUUCUCAAACCACAGCGACAAUUUAUUGGUUUCGUCUUGGGAUAAGAGUGUUCGAUUGUAUGAUGCGAGUGCCAAUGCACUGAGAGGAGAGUUCAUGCACGGAGGUGCUGUGCUUGAUUGCUGCUUCCAUGACGAUUCCUCAGGGUUCACUGCUUGUGCUGACCACACUGUUAGAAGGCUGGUGUUCAACCAUAGCAGGGAGGAUAUCUUGGGAAGGCACGAUGCACCAGUUCGAUGUAUUGAAUACUCAUAUGCAACUGGCCAAGUUAUUACUGGUAGUUGGGACAAAACCCUCAAGUGUUGGGACCCCAGAGGUGCAAGUGGUCAGGAGCGUUCUCUUAUUGGAACAUACACACAACCUGAACGCAUUUAUUCUUUGUCUCUUGUUGGCAAUCGUUUGGUAGUGGCCACUGCUGGAAGACAUGUAAAUGUUUAUGAUCUUCGAAACAUGAAUCAACCUGAACAACGGAGGGAAUCUUCAUUGAAGUAUCAAACUAGAUGCGUGCGAUGUUAUCCCAAUGGAACUGGUUAUGCUCUUAGUUCUGUGGAAGGACGGGUAGCAAUGGAGUUUUUUGAUCUCUCCGAGGCUGGUCAAUCCAAAAAAUAUGCAUUCAAAUGUCAUCGUAAAUCAGAAGCUGGAAGGGAUAUUGUGUACCCAGUAAAUUCUAUUGCGUUUCAUCCCAUCUAUGGUACAUUUGCUACUGGAGGAUGUGAUGGUUAUGUCAACGUGUGGGAUGGCAACAACAAGAAGAGGUUGUAUCAGUACCCAAAGUACCCAACAAGCAUUGCAGCUUUGUCAUUUAGCAGAGAUGGUAGAUUGUUGGCCGUUGCCUCCAGUUACACAUACGAGGAGGGAGACAAACCCCAUGAACCGGAUGCGAUAUUUGUGCGCAGUGUGAAUGAAGUUGAAGUUAAACCAAAACCGAAAGUAUUGCCCAAUCCAGCUACAUGAAAGGAAAAUUUGAUAAGACUUGGCUUCUUCAGUAAUAUUUAUGGAACGUAUGUAGUGUGGAAGUGUGAAAAGAACCGCAGUAUGGUAUAGUUUAUGUCAUAUCUCGUCGAUUCCUUUCUUGGACACAACCUAUUUCUGAUCCUCACGAGUGUGCUUAAUAUUUAAUCCUUGGUGGGAUUUGUUGACAAGCUGCCGUUAAUGUGAUUUUCUGUAUGUAAGAUUUGAGAACGUUAAUAGAGGUAUCAGUUAUCACAAGAUGGUCCAAUAAUUUUGACAGUACACGUACUUUUCAUACCAUGUAUUCGGUAAGAAUAAUGGUAUUCAUAAUUAGCAACUGAGUUAAUCA